UCCGUGCAGCCAGCCCGACUCCCGGCGUUCACCUGCCUGCCUGUACCUGCCCCUCCGCGCACCCAGCCCCUGCCUUCCAUCUUUGCCCAGCCCGGCUCCGCUCCGGCUGCCUUCCCCCGAGACAGGAGCGGCUCAGAAGCGCCCGCCGCCCCCAGGGACGUGCCGAGCUGCAGCAGGACAGGACCCGCCAGCCCCAGAACCGGCGCCGGCCAUGGGUCCCUGCUGAGCUACCCGGGGUGGAGGUAGGAAGUGGGGAAAAGUCCCCACGAUCCAGCCAUGGGCAGCAAGGAGCGCUACCAUUGGCAGGCGCAGAAUGUCAAGCACAGUGGGGUGGACGACAUGGUGCUGCUGGCCAAGAUCAGCGAGGAUGCCAUCGUGGAGAACCUCAAGAAACGCUUCCUGGAUGACUACAUCUUCACGUACAUCGGGCCGGUCCUCAUCUCCGUCAACCCUUUCAAACAGCUGCCCUACUUCACCGAUCGCGAGAUUGACAUGUACCAGGGAGCCGCCCAGUACGAGAACCCGCCCCACAUCUAUGCCCUGGCCGAUAACAUGUACCGCAACAUGCUGAUCGACGGGGAGAACCAGUGCGUCAUCAUCAGCGGGGAGAGCGGCGCUGGCAAGACUGUGGCGGCCAAAUACAUCAUGAGCUACAUCUCCAAGGUGUCUGGCGGGGGCCCCAAAGUGCAGCACGUCAAGGACAUCAUCCUGAAAUCCAACCCGCUCCUGGAGGCCUUUGGAAAUGCCAAGACCGUUCGCAACAAUAACUCCAGCCGCUUCGGCAAGUACUUCGAGAUCCAGUUCAGCCGGGGCGGGGAGCCCGACGGGGGCAAGAUCUCCAACUUCCUGCUGGAGAAGUCGCGGGUGGUGAGCCAGAACCCCGGCGAGAGGAGCUUCCACAUCUACUACCAGCUGCUGGAGGGCGCCUCCCCAGAGCAGCGGGAGAACCUGGGCAUCACCAGCCCGGAUUAUUAUUACUACCUCAAUCAGUCGGCAUCCUACAAGGUGGACGACAUGAACGACCGGCAGGAGUUCCACGAGACACUGACGGCCAUGGAGGUGGUGGGGCUCUCCGGGGAGGAGCAAGCCCUGGUGCUGCAGAUCGUGGCUGGGAUCCUUCACCUAGGCAACAUCAGCUUCCGGGAGGAGGGCAACUACGCCGUCGUGGAGAGCGAGGACUUCCUGGCUUUCCCCUCCUACCUCCUGGGCAUCGACCAGGGCCGGCUGAAGGAGAAGCUGACCAGCCGCAAGAUGGACAGCCGGUGGGGCGGCAAGUCGGAGGUGAUCGACGUGACGCUCAACGCCGAGCAGGCCAGCUUCACCCGUGACGCCCUCGCCAAGGCGCUCUACUCACGGCUCUUCGACUACCUGGUGGACGCCGUCAACAAAGCGAUGCAGAAGGACUACGAGGAAUAUAAUGUCGGGGUGCUGGACAUCUACGGCUUCGAAAUCUUCCAGAAAAACGGCUUUGAGCAAUUCUGCAUCAAUUUUGUGAACGAGAAGCUGCAGCAGAUUUUCAUCGAGCUCACGCUGAAGGCAGAGCAGGAGGAGUACGUCCAGGAAGGGAUUCGCUGGAGCCCCAUCGAUUAUUUCAACAACAAAAUCGUCUGCGACCUGAUCGAGAGCAAAGUGAACCCGCCGGGGCUAAUGAGCAUCCUGGAUGACGUGUGCGCCACCAUGCACGCCAAGGGCGAGGGCGCCGACCAGAGCCUGCUGCAGAAGCUGCAGAUGGCCGUGGGCACCCACCAGCACUUCAACAGCUGGAACAAGGGCUUCAUCAUCCACCACUACGCCGGCAAGGUCUCCUACGACGUGGAGGGAUUCUGUGAGCGAAACCGCGACGUGCUCUUCACCGACCUCAUCGAGCUGAUGCAGAGCAGUGAGCUCCUCUUCAUCCGAGACCGCUUUCCUGAGAACAUCAACGCCGAGAAGAAAGGGCGCCCCACCACAGCCGGGAGCAAGAUCAAGAAACAAGCAAACGACCUGGUGAGCACCCUGACGAAGUGUACCCCCCACUACAUCCGCUGCAUCAAACCCAACGAGACCAAGAGACCCCGCGACUGGGAGGAGAGCAGGGUGAAGCACCAGGUGGAAUACCUGGGCCUGCGGGAGAACAUCCGGGUGCGCCGGGCCGGCUACGCCUACCGGCGGCUCUUCCAGAAGUUCCUGCAGAGGUACGCCAUCCUCACCCCCGAGACAUGGCCUGCCUGGCGGGGGGACGAGAAGCAGGGCGUGGUGCACCUGCUGCGCUCCGUCAACAUGGACCCAGACCAGUACCAGCUGGGCCAGAGCAAGGUUUUCAUCAAGGCCCCGGAGUCGCUGUUCCUGCUGGAGGAGAUGCGGGAGCGGCGUUACGACGGAUACGCCCGGGUCAUCCAGAAGGCCUGGCGCAAGCAUGUGGCCGUGCGCAAGUACAUCCGCAUGAGGGAGGAAGCCUCCAACAUCCUGCUGAACAAGAAGGAGCGCCGGCGCAACAGCCUCAACCGCAACUUCGUGGGCGACUACAUUGGGCUGGAGAGCCGGCCCGAGCUGCGGCGCUUCGUGGGCCGGCGCGACCGUGUGGACUUUGCCGACACCGUCAUCAAGUACGACCGGCGCUUCAAGACGGUGAAGCGGGACCUGAUCCUGACGCCCCGGUUCCUGUACCUCAUCGGGCGGGAGAAGGUGAAGCAGGGCCCCGAGAAGGGGACGAUCAAGGAGGUGCUGAAGCGGCAGGUGGAGCUGGAGAGGAUCCAGUCGGUGUCCCUGAGCACCUUGCAGGAUGACUUCCUCAUCGUCCACGAGCCGCAGUACGACAGCGUCCUGGAGUCCGUCUUCAAGACGGAGUUGCUGAGCCUGCUGUGUAAACGCUACGAGGAGAGGACCCACCAGCCGCUGUCCGUGAAGUUCAGCAACCAGCUGCAGUUCAAGGUCAAGAAGGACGGCUGGGGCCCCUGGGGGGCAGCAGGCUCUCGCCAGAUCCAGUUCCAGAUCUGCCAGGGCGAUGUGGCGCUGCUCCGGAACAACGGGAAGGUGCUGAUCGUCAGCAUCGGGCCCGGGCUGCCCAGGAACGCCCGGCCCACACGGAGGGACACCAGGAAGAGCAGGUACCUGAACAGCAGCAGCAUCCCCGGCCGGAACUACCCCCCUGCAGCAGGCAGAGAGAGGAGCGACACCAGCCAGCAUAGCAGCGCUGGCUCCCGGGCCCCUCUCCAGCACCGUCUCUCCAUCGCCCGGCAGGGCAGCAUGGAACAGCCCACCCUGCCCCGGCAUGGAGCCAGCCCCAGGGCCAAAGCCUUCCCUGCCCAGCUCAACCUAGACUUCAUGAACGUGCCGGACCAGGGCGUGGCCGGCUGGCAGCGGAGGCUCUCCAAAGAAGCCAAGCCCAUCCCCGGGGGCGGCCGAGCCAAACCCAAACCCAAGCCAAAGCCCCAGCCGCGCCUGCCCCAGUGCCGCGCCCUCUACGCCUACGAUGCCCAGGACACAGACGAGCUCAGUUUCAAUGCCGACGAAUACAUCGAACUCAUUAGAGAAGACCCCUCAGGCUGGUGGCGGGGCAGGAUACGAGGGAAAGAAGGGCUGUUCCCCGGGAACUAUGUGGAAAAACUCUGAUGGACGUGCCAGCUUCAUUGCUCCGAUUCUGACCCGGGGAUCGAGGAGGGAAGAGAUGUGUCUGCAGGAUCCAAUCAGCCUUGCUCCUGGAUUAUAGAUUGCUGCCGGGCUCGACUGAGGCCACUAAUUUAAGGCAAUUGAGUGGGAGGAUGACAAUUGGAUCACGUUGAGCCCUCUUCCUCUGAAUCUUAGCCCCCCAGCGAGUUGCCUUCCUUCUGCUCUGGGGUGCACGGGGGAGGAUGCAGGUUAGCCUGUCUGUCCUCCUGAAUGAGGAGCAACUCAGCAGGCAUUGGGCCUCCCUUCUCAGGAACCAGCACCUACUGCUUGGACUCACCGGGACAAGACCAGCCGCUCGGUCUUGUUACGCAGGGUUAAAAAAAAAAAAAAAAAUCUUCCUCCUUAACUGUAUAAAAAGAAUAAAUUGAUGGUUUAUUUUCUACACUAACCUCUACUCCACUUUCAAAAACAGCUGUAGCUUUUUAACUCAAAUCUGUACCGACAAAGCGAGCACACCUCCAGCCUGGUGGAAGCUGAGUCAAUGUUUUCAUCAGCUCCCAUUCUGAACUGGGGAGCCGAACCUUCUCAGGUGUUCUUAGACAAGGCCAGCGGGCAGUAGAAGGCUGCCUGGCUCCCUUAAAGAGAUUUCCUUGAAAGCCUCCAAUUCCUCUUCGGUAAUAGCUACUACUAAAGGAAAACGGCCAUGUAAUCAAUUGCACCAUGUAAUCAAAACUGCUGCAUAAUCAAAUGCACCAUUUUGGCAGGCAGAGUAGGACACAGGAAACUCAUCAGUGGAAUGACCGAAGAGCAGUUUUCCCGGGUUACGUUCAGCUGACGUGUUGUGCUUUUUACCUGACCCAGCAGAGGUUUGGCUUCUGCAGGGAGGUGUCCCCUCCAUUCCCAGGUAGCUAGGUAGGAGCUGGAAGACUCAGAUGCUCCUAAAACCCUAGGCAAAUAGUGGAAUGAGUUUUCCCUUCAAACAAAGGCAACAGCAAGUGGAUGGCAGAACUGGGCUGGUACACGAGUCGCCUACGCUGAAGCCCGUGUCAGGGGAGAUGGACGCUGCUCCAGCUGCGGCAGAUGUCAUUUGUUUUUAAAAGGCAGCAUUAUCACAUUAUUUCCCCUGUGUUGAGACUGCCGGGAGCUUUCAUUCCCAAGUGUUUGCUUUGACGUGUGUAGCCACCGGACUGCAAUCUAGAAUGAAAACCCAUCUUCUUAAAAGAACAGCAAGUUUCCUACCCCGUUACUUGUCUGAAAGAGACUUUAACGAGCCUCUUCCUUAGUUCAGUCCCAGACAGUAUAAAUCCUCUAGUUUUGUAUAUUCUGUAAAAACCGAAGACAGCAGCUUGUAUCGUUCCGACGUCUCCCUCCGCGUCCCGGUAAUAAACUGCUGUUUAAAGCAGGGGUUCUCAAACUGGGGGUCGCAAGGUUAUUACAUGGGGGGGUCACGAGCUGUCAGCCUCCACCCCCAAACCGCGCUUUGCCUCCAGCAUUUAUAAUGGUGUUAAAUUUAUACAAAAGUGUUUUUAAUUUAUUAGGGGGGGGGGGGGUUUGCACUCAGAGGCUUGCUGUGUGAGAGGGGUUUGAGAACCACUGGUUUAAAGGAACCUGUGCCACCUUUUAUUCAGCUUCAUACACAACCUGUCCUGUCCCUCUGGGACAUUUAUCUACUACAUUCCUACACCAUCCCAUCCCUAGCUCCCAAAACUCACAUGUAGACUGCAAAUGCCACAUACCUGAGUUAAAGGGGAAAGUUUCCAAAAAAUCCUGUACGUAGAGAGUCUUUAACAGCUCAGCUGAGCCCUGCCCUGGUGACGAAAGUCAGCCUAAUUGCUACGCACCAGUAGUUCAAAUCCAAUUUUAACUAGAUCAACGGUAGUAGCAUAGAGGGAACGCUGGCCUGUGUAGCAAGCUCUUUGCUAGCCCUUAAAAAACACACUUCUACUUUCCUGCAGCCAAAGUUCAUCCCUCCUUUUAUUGUACUGCUGCUCACCGGAAGAUCCUGAAGCCUAUACAAAAAAAUGCAAUUUUUAAACCCUUAUUGCCAGGCAAAUAUGGUCUUUGCAGGAUUACCGUGUUCCCAGCAGGUAACAUCCCUCCAGGUUCUUACAUAGUGUGUUAAGAGGUAAGACUGCCCCCCACUCUAUGCCUUAAUACAACACAAACCAAGCCAGUUUGGCAGUGAGCCAUUUGGUACCCAAGCCACGUGACACACGCCAGAAUGACAGGGGUAGACCCACAUUUGGAACCGGCUUCAGAACCAGGCCCCAAAACCAACUCCAUUGAACGUGACUCUGUCUAGUUAAAACCGUGGCAACCAUUUAAUUAACACAAUGUACAGCAGAAGUUAAACCACUAAAAGUUUUAAUUGCAUUAUUACUACAAGAAUAAAGAAUACCUGAGAGCCUUUUGCAGUGCCCAUAUUUUUAAUGUAGCAUAAUCAUCAGUUCACAAACCCCCUCUAAAAACAAAAUGCAGAGUCUCACUUUUUUUUUUUUUUUUU